CCUAAAGUUGGAAAGCAACUAACGUAGCCUAGAGUUGCUUGAGUGGCUAGCUAACUUCGACUAACUACUUUCGGUUCAUGUCCUUUGCAGAUGCCACAUUCCUGACUAUAAAAAAGAUAUAUAACCGAGUAAAGGGAGAUGUAAAGUAAGAAUUGAACGUGUAAAUGUUAAUUCGUAGUCGUAACAUAUGGUUUGUACGUUUACUGAUCUACUUUAAGCGUUACGUUUCAUGUUUUAACCAUGGCGACCUAACAAUUUACGUAUGGACAAUCAACUUACACCGGCUGAAAAUACGCCUACCUGGACGCCCGGGACAUAUUCAUCGAUUACUCUCAAUAGUGCCGCACGUCCACAGAAAUUGAUUUGGGAUGGUCUGGACGGACUUAAUCUGAACCAAUAAUAGACGUAUAUAUUUCCGGACAACUCAAGGCCAGGGCGGACAAUAUCUAAAGUUCAUCAAGUAAAUCUGAUUUAAAAAUAAUAAUAAUAGGAAUCGGUGUGUGCAUGGGGAUAUGUUGGCAGCAGUGUAGUCUAUAUUCUCCUCGAUCGACUAAUUUGCUAUUUCUAUUAGGGUCAACGAGAAAUAAUAGCCAGGCUACUUUAUAAUAUGGACGUUUUCAAAUACCCUGUUUUCUUCGAGUGCCAGACUCUGGACCCACCACAGAAACAUAUGAUAAAAAGGUACUUCGGAAUUAAACGUAAAUCCGGUGGCGGAGAUUGUGGACCAGUAGAAUCAGUUGGUGACAAAGUCUACAAGAUCGCAUUUAUUGACCAGACAGUCCAGGAGAGGGUAGUUCAGAAACCUAAUCAUGUGUUGGAGAUGCCUGGAGGACCUCUCUUCCUCACUCUGAGAGACAGCCUGGAGCCGCCACCCACAACAACCUCCCCAGUCAGUAGUCAGAGUCACCACUCCCUUCCGGUCGAGACAUCUCCACCUGGUGGUCAAGAACAUGUACUCCAUCGUCUGAGCACAGGGAAGCAGGAGAAGAUCAGCACCACCUGUCAUCUGGGACAGGUCCAGCUCCUUCUUCUAGGUGAAGUGAUAGAGAAGGAUCUAGGGGAGGUUGUUCCAGGGGUGAGGGUGACGCGCCUUGAUUCUGCUCAGCUGGUCCUGCAUGGCUACGCAAAUGAAGUCCAGGCAGCCAGACAGUUGGUUACGGAUAAGAUCUCUCUGGUGCUGGAGCGGGUGGUGGCUGAGGUGUCCCCCCACCUCCUGUCCUUCCUGAGGGAGGAGUAUGGGAGGCCUGGGAACCUGAGCAGUCUGCUGGGGUUGGGACUCCAUGUGGAGGUAGAGUUGGGGGAUACAGAGCUCCGUCUGUUCUCCCUCUCCUCUGGGAAACUGGACCAGGCUGAGAAGGAUCUGCUGGGGGAGUUUGGGGAGGAGAAGAUUGACCUGCCCAAAGGUGCCCUUCUGGCUGAACUGAAAUCUAAAUUUGAGACGAAGGUGAAGGAGAUGAACCAGAGCAGAUGCAGGGUGGUAGCCAGAUAUGGUCCUGGGUGUAGAAUGCAGCUGCUGGGCCACAUGAAGGAGGUUCAGGAGCUGAGGGAGGAGAUUGGGGUCUUUCUGAUACGCAGGUCCAGUGUAAGAGUCGUGAGACACCAUCAACAGAAUCAGGAUGGCGUAGUCAGCGAAGCAGGAACCGGAUUAAUACGGGAGGAGAUGGUCGCAGCCACCAGCUAUCGCCUCCGUCUGGGACUGCAGGUAGUGGUGUGUCAAGGUGACAUCACCAAGGAACAGGCAGACGUACUGGUGAAUGCAGCCAAUGAGGACCUUGAUCAUGCUGGGGGCGUGGCUGCAGCUCUGAGCCGGGCGGGGGGGCCUGAGGUACAGCGGGCCAGCAGGGAUCUGGUUAGGCAGAUAGGGAGAGUGCCCACAGGUACAGUGGUAGAGACUACAGGAGGGAAUCUGCCUUGUAAGAUGCUGCUGCAUGCAGUGGGACCAGUAGGGGGCAGCGUAGGUGGGAAUGAGCGCCCUCUGCUGGAGAAGACAGUAAAGACAGUCCUGGAUCUGGCAGAGACCCUGGAGCUCCAGACCCUGGCCAUGCCCUGCAUCAGCUCGGGGAUAUUCGGUGUUCCUCUGAAGGUGUGUUCUGAGGCCAUAGUCUCUGCAGUGAGGGACUUUGGGAGGAAACAGCACAUCCUUACCAAGGUCACUCUGAUUGAUGUGAGUGGAGAGGCAGUGAGAGCCAUGCAGGAGGCCUGUGAUAGGCUGUUACAGGGGAAGAGGGAGUUUCAUGGGUGGGAGGUAGAGUCCAGCACCACCACUACCACUACACAUGCUCCUCAGAGAGACACCAGUGCUGCCUCCACCAGGGGACCAGUGGCUCCAGAGGUCUGUGUCCAGGUGGAGAUCAUCCAGGGAACCAUAGAGAAACAGCAGGUGGAUGCCCUGGUGUCCCCCAUGGUUGGCAGUGACCCUCUCUCCUCCCGAGUGGGUAAUAUCUUGUUGGAUGCAGCUGGACCGGCGCUGAUGACAGCAUUUCUGAGGGAAUCAGGGGGACGGACUGCACCUGGUGACAACGUUCUGGUGGAGGGACUGUCUGGUCUCAGCUCUGGCCGUGUCUUCUUCCUCAGAUGUGCACACUGGGACAACAACCCGCAAGGACCAGCAGUACAGGCUCUGAGGCAGGGUGUGAGGAAAAUUCUGACCUCUUGUGAGAACCGGGGCUUCCGUUCCGUUGCCUUCCCUGUAGUUGGAACUGGUGUGGUUCUCCAGUUCCCUCACAACGUGGUAACACAGGUUCUGCUAGAAGAGAUCCGUAGGUAUGAGCAGAACCGAGCGAGCAGAACCCCCUUCCUUGUCCGCAUCAUUGUCCAUCCAAAUGACAGAGAUUCUACCAAGGCUUUUCAGACUGCCCAGAAUGCUUUGCAUCUCAGAGGGUUCGUAUUAGGCACUCGACCAGAGCAAGACAUCAGGAUUGUGCUGCUGGGGAAAACCGGAGGAGGUAAAAGCAGUGCUGGAAACACCAUCUUCGGACAAGAUGAUGUGUUCCUCUCAGACAGUUCCUCCACCUCCUCAACACAGAAAUGUAAAGCUCAUACCAAGAACAUCAAAGGGAGAAACAUCACCCUGAUUGACACACCUGGAUUCUUUGACACUGACAUCCCUGAAGAGGAGCUGAAACCUAAAAUAGUUAAAUGUAUAACAGAAUGUGCUCCAGGGCCACAUGCCUUUCUCAUUGUACUGAAAGUUGAACGGUACACAGUCCACGAGAACGAAGCCGUAGCCGUAGCGAAAAUCGAGACAUAUUUUUCACCAGAGGCCUUCAAAUAUGCUACAGUCCUCUUCACUCAUGGUGACCAACUCAAUGGUUUGACCGUUGAGAAGUUUGUCCAACAGAAUGCUGAACUGAACAAGCUUGUGGAGAAAUGUGGAGGCCGCUAUCACGUGAUCGACAACAAAUACUGGAACACCAAUCAGCAGGGUCGGUACAGCAACCAGUACCAAGUAGCAGAGUUACUCAACACCAUAGAGAAGAUGGUGAGAGAUAACGGAGGAGGGUUCUACACCAACGAGAUGCUCCAAGAGGCAGAGAGAUUAAUACAAGCAGAGAUAGAUGGUCUUAGGAAGGAGUUAAAAGGCCAGAUGUCAGAGGAAGAGAUGAGGAAACAAGCCAAGAAAAGAGCAAGGAAGAAACUCCUGAUCAAAUUGUCAGGGAUAGCAACAGGUGCAGUGAUAGGAGCUCUAUUUGGCGUAAUACUGGCGAUAAUGAUUCCACUCUCACUCGCUACACAACCAUUGCUCAAUUUAGUCAAAAGUCAUAUAGCAGCUUCAAUGACAAUAGGGCCAGCAGCUGUGGCGGAGGUAGCAGGACCAGUGGGAGUGGGUUCAGGGAUAGGUGCAGGGGUAGGCAUAGCUGCAGGAGUUGUCGUUGGGAUAGCAGCAGCAGCAGGAGGAGUAAGAGGAGGGAUAGUAGGAGCUACUGCAGCAGAGGAGGCAGAGACAGUACAGGAGGCAGCAGAGGAAGCAGCCAAUGCUGUCCUCGAGGAUGCUAAGGGUCUUUAUCACAAAGCAGAAAACAUUUUCAUGCGUUUCAGUAAAUCUAAAUAGAUGAUAUAUACCUGAAACCAUUGAUUGAUGGCAACAUGUGUUUCAACAUCUGACUAAUAACAAUGUAGACACCAGUCAGUUCUAUACCACUGUAGAAUAGCUUCUUGUCCAAAAUAGCUGCUUGUCAAAAUGUUUAAAAACAUAUAUAUUUUGCAUAUAUUUUUCAUUUUUAUAGUUUUGUAAAAAUCAAGGGAUAUAUAUUGCAAAUAGUAAUGUGGCCGUCCUGAAAAUGUUUCAGCUGGUUAUUGACAUUCAAAAGGCUGAUUUUAUAGUUCGAGGAAUAUAAUUGAACUUAAUAUUAUGUUUUUUCCAUAUCGGACCGUGUUCGCAAAAAAACUUUGCGCUUUGUUCCUUGCCUGAUCACAUUUUCUCCCAUCAGACUAAUCUCAGUUUAAUCUGUCUUUACCCAAAUGUAAAAUGACUUUAUAUUUAGAAUAGCCCUUUAUCAAUUGGGCAGGAACAGGGGCAGGGGGAAAAUAAAUGUAAUCUGUAUGCACUCGAAUAGCGAAUGGGGGCCACUUCCUGCUAUUCCGGUUAUUUCACUCCACACAACAACCACUGUUUGAGGGGCAUGCAGCCUCUUGCUGCACGACAGGUGAUAUUCUGCCCAAACUCUGAAUACUAUGGGCUCUCCAACCCUGUUCCUGCAGCUACCCAGUGGGCUCUCCAAGCCUUUUCCUGCAGCUACCCAGUGGGCUCUCCAACCCUGUUCCUGCAGCUACCCAGUGGGCUCUCCAAGCCUUUUCCUGCAGCUACCCAGUGGGCUCUCCAACCCUUUUCCUGCAGCUACCCAGUGGGCUCUCCAACCCUUUUCCUGCAGCUACCCAGUGGGCUCUCCAACCCUGUUCCUGCAGCUACCCAGUGGGCUCUCCAACCCUUUUCCUGCAGCUACCCAGUGGGCUCUCCAACCCUUUUCCUGCAGCUACUCAGUGGGCUCUCCAACCCUGUUCCUGCAGCUACCCAGUGGGCUCUCCAACCCUGUUCCUGCAGCUACCCAGUGGGCUCUCCAACCCUUUUCCUGCAGCUACCCAGUGGGCUCUCCAACCCUGUUCCUGCAGCUACCCAGUGGGCUCUCCAACCCUUUUCCGGCAGCUACCCAGUGGGCUCUCCAACCCUUUUCCUGCAGCUACCCAGUGGGCUCUCCAACCCUUUUCCUGCAGCUACCCGGUGCCUAAUUUGGGGAACCAAGUUAAAUCUGUUAAGAACAUUGAUAGUAACAUGUUUUAACAACGAAAUAUAUUUAAUUAGACUGUUUACAGCCCCUCUCUGUGCGUGCUCAAGAACGGAAUGAUGGGGAGAGGGGAAGAGACGGAAACGCACGGUGGUGAGAUAUUCUGUAGCUAAUCGUAAUGCGUAAGCCUAUUAAUUAUGAAGAAAUAGAAAAAAACGAUUACUAGGAUAUUCAAAAUCCUGUACACAUUCCCUUUAAUUGUUGGCUAACUCUGAAUUUGUAUAGGAUAGACCAGUUAUGUACAUCUGUUUUAAAAUGCUAUUCUGCCAUGCAUAAUAUGUGGUAGGCUAUGUAUAACAGCACAAUCAUUAUUUUAAUUCACGUUUUUUUUCAGGCUUGGGCUCAGAUAUAGGCUUAUAUGUAUGCAUAAGCUCUAAUAGCAUACGGUUGUUGUUUAAUUCGAUAGCGCUGUCCAUUUCAUUGUGUUAGGCGUUGAAACAACAUCCAUGUUUUCCAUUCAGUUUCAACCUGUCGUUGAACUCCUUUCUUCAAAGUGAUCAAUCACAGUGAGAUGAGUUUUAAAAGCUGUGGGAUUCUGUGUUUUACAUUAUAACCAUUACCAUAUAUAUGAUUAAAUAUUAUCUGAUGUUGGCUGUGUGAGGUAUCUGCAUUUGUGCACUUGAGCAUCAUCAUGAGAUUAAACAACUGCUUGCUACAUCUACUUGCCUGUUUGUGUGUGUGACAAGAACUGAGUAACAUGGUGUGACCUGCUGUAUCUUACAAAGUUGUGGUUAAGCAGGCAUAGAGAGGGGUGGUCAUCACGAGGUUUAACUGAGAUGGAAAAAUACUGAACAACACAAUAGCAGGAACUGAGCAACUGUUAUAACUAAGGGGGCAUACCAGAACAGUAGGAAUCUAUACAUCGAAGGAGGGAGGACUCCAAGAAGCGCCAAGAGGCGGGGACCAGCCUGAGCGCCUGCGAUAGGCUGAGCAAGUCUAAACCACGCUCAGCCUCUACUGUGAUAGGCCAACAGAAGGGUUGGAACUAUGUCUAUCACAGUAUAAGAACAACUGUUUACAUACAUACUGUCAGUUCCCUGUUCUGCCCUGCGUGGUAUUACAGUGAGCCCGUAUAUACGAAAGUUGCAUUUGCCAUUUAUUGCUUAGCUAAUAAAAGUACAUAGAGUACAA